AUGAGUGAGAGCGAGCAGGGAACGGUGCAGAAAUGUGCGGAACCCGAUGGAGACGGCCACGAGGGGGCCGACGAGGAGGAGCUGGCCGUCGGACUCCAACCGCCGGAGGCGGAGCAGUUCCUCGAUGGGCUCGCCACGGACCCGUCGUCGUCGUCGGAGGAAGAGGAACCACUCGAGCUGCUCGAGGUUGCCGGGAAGCAGAAUUUCCCGCCCACACCGUACGAGGAGUGUUUCGAUCUGAAGAUGUUCGAGGUGUGCUCCUCGCCGACCCUGGAUGGUGCCGAUGGUGGACGAACCACCGGCGAGGAAACGAAUGCCUCGGUGGAACAGCCACAUCCGAUUGCCCCCGCCGCCGCGGAUGCUGCUGCUUUCGGCUCGUGUUCCGGUGUGCGGCGGAAAAGUGAGACCGUCGCGGAAACCGCUGGCCACAUGACCGUCGAGGAGGAAUCGUUAAGCGGUGCGAACGGUACGAAGAAAAAGGUGCGCCCGAACGGACUGGCCAAGGCACUGCACAGCGUUGUGUGGCUUGAUGCGGCCUCGAGCCCGACGAAGCUUCACCGACCGCUGGAGCGGGCUUGGCCCACCCGGCCCACCUAUCAUCGGCCUAUCGAACGACCGUCAACCCUGACCGACCGGAGGCGAGAAGAUUCCACCGGGAGCAAGCGGGGACGGCUGGGAAUAGAAGAGUUUUCUUUCGACAUCAUUGACACGGAUGAGCAUCAGGAGCCGCUUGCGGUAAAAGGCGCACAGCAACAAGUAGAAAAGUAUGAACAGGAGCAGGGUGAUGAAGAAGAGGAUGAGGAAGGCGAGGAACAAGAGGGUGCGGUGGGUGGUGUGGGAACACCAUCCAGGCGGCCGGUGGCGCACAGGGACGAGGACGCCGCGAGCCGUUCGACGGACGUUGAGAACUUUUCCGUUCCCGACGCUCUCGCCACCGUUGCCCUCGAGUCUUCCCCGGAAGCGACAUUCCGGCCGCCAACUGUCCGCCUGCAUCGACCCCUGGUCAGGACGCUUUCGAACGGUCGUGAGUGGAACGCGGUACGAAGCCCUCCCGACCAUCAGCAAGCGGCGGCGGCGGCGGCGGCCAGGAUAUCGCGUGGCAGUAGCCGACGUUAUCGUCCCCUCGAAGCGGCCCCUUUCUGCGUGCCGCCGGAUCUGGUUUGUCCGCCGACCCCAACGCACCACGCUCGCCGCCAUUGCCCUGUGGCGGUCGUGGCAGCGCCACCUACGACAAAUGAACCGCGAAGUUCACCAUCCUCGCUCGAUGUGCUGACCAUUGCCGUCCCAACCGUCGUCCAGCAGCAAAGCGAGGAAUCGAACGUGGCGGCCGGUGUCCGGCACGUUCCCACGAUGCGCCUCCCGUCGAUCCCGGAGCGGGCCUGGGCCCGUGCCCUCCUCGCACCCGAGUCCGAAGAACCACUGCCGCCGGCCUGGGAGGCGCGCAUGGACAACCAUGGACGGAUCUUUUACAUCGACCACGCGACUCGCUCUACCUCCUGGCAGCGGCCCGUGGCCCACGGUGGGGUACACGGGGUUGGAAGCUCCCAGGAGCCGGACCCACACCGACAGCAGCUUGAUCGGCGCUAUCAAUCGAUUCGCCGCUCCAUCUACGCCGAGCGCCGAGCCCAGCUCGACGAUCCCAGCGUUCCGACUACUUCGAGCGCCGCGGCCGCCGCUAGUCCCGAGACCACUGGCCACGCGGAACAAACUCUAUCGCAGCGCACGGAACAUCCGGCGCUGCUCAUGAUUUGCCGCUCGGACUACUACUCGAUGCUGCACGCGAACGGUGAUGCGAUCCAGCUGUACAACCGGAACGCCGCCCUCAAGCACAUGGUGUCGCGGGUGCGCCGCGAUCCCCGCUGCUUCGGCCGAUACCAGCACAACCGCGACCUGGUGGCGCUCGUCAACUGUUUCGCAAGUGCCGCCGGGCCACUUCCGGCCGGCUGGGAAACGAAGCUCGACCAGAGCGGCAAGCAGUUUUUCAUUGACCACACGAACCGGCACACCUCCUUCAUGGAUCCGCGGCUCCCAACCGAGGGCCCACGGAGGGUCCAGGGGGCGCAAGGCGAUCGGCCAGUUCCACCGCCGCGUCCACCCGCCACCAUGCUGCGGUUGGCCAGUCUCAGCAUCCCGGCGGCCGACGCGAUUCCCGUCGCGUACAACGAGAAGGUAGUGGCGUUUCUGCGACAGCCCAAUAUCCUGGAGAUACUGUGCGAACGGCACGGGGCGGCGGCCUGUUCGCGCAACUUGCGCGAAAAAAUCAAUGCCAUUCGCGUCGAGGGCACGGUCGCGCUCGAUCGCUACAGCCACGAUCUCGAGCUAACCAUCCUGCUCAGCCUGUUCGAGGAUGAGGUGAUGAACUACGUGCCCCCGCGUCCCCAUAGCCCUCCUAUCAACUCACAGCCGGAACCCAGCAGCAAUGGCAGUGGAGGACGCCAGCUUGUACCGCGCGUUACGUCACAACCGGUGCGCCGUGAUUUUGAAGCCAAAUUGUUCGCGUUCCACCAGAAGCUCGAAGCGAAAGGCUACGGCCGAGGACCGCAGCGCCUCAAAUUGGUUGUACGGCGAGCCUUCGUGUUGGACGAUGCCUUUCAGUGCGUCAUGGCGGCGAGUAAGCGCGAUUUGCAACGCGGCCGUUUGUGCGUGGUGUGGGAUGGUGAGGAAGGCCUGGACUAUGGGGGGCCGUCGCGUGAGUUCUUCUAUCUGCUGUCGCGCCGGCUUUUCAACCCGUACCACGGGCUAUACGAGUACUCGGCCAACGACAUCUACACCGUGCAGAUAACGCCCGUGCACCACGAGAACCGACGGGUGAACUACGAUUGGUACCGGUUCAGUGGACGCGUCCUGGGACUCGCUCUCGUGCACCGGUUCCUGCUGGAUGCGUUCUUUACGCGUCCGUUCUACAAAGCUCUGUUGAGGAGCCCGGUCGCGCUAAGUGAUUUAGAGUCACUGGACAGCGAAUUUCACCAGUCGUUGCUCUGGAUCCGUGACAACGACGUCGGCAACGGCAGCGAGCUUGGCCUAACGUUCUGCGUUACGGAAGAACCGUAUCAUCGCGACAUGCCCAAGGUUGAGCUGGAGCUCAAACCGAAUGGGCGAAACAUCAUCGUAACGGAACGGAACAAGCGCGACUACUUGGAGCGUAUGAUAAAAUGGCGCCUUGAACGCGGAGUCUUCGCUCAGACUGAAGCCCUGUUGCGCGGAUUCUAUGACGUAGUGGAUCAGCGGCUGCUCUCCAUGUUCGAUGCGAGCGAUCUUGAGCUCGCGAUCUCUGGCACAGUCGAAAUUAAUGCGCGUGAUUGGCGCUCCAACACCGAGUACAGAGGUGGCUAUCACAACGGCCACCAGGUGAUAGAAUGGUUUUGGAUUGUUAUCGACCGCUUCACCAACGACCAACGGUUGCGACUGCUGCAGUUCGUUACCGGAACAUCUAGCAUCCCGCAUGAGGGGUUCGCCGGACUGCGUGGUUCGAACGGUUUGCGACGCUUUUGUGUAGAACGCUGGGAUAAGUGUGACGCCCUGCCCCGUGCCCAUACAUGCUUCAAUCGACUAGACCUGCCACCGUACCCCACGCCCGACAUUCUCUACGAAAAACUGUUGAUGGCGGUCGAAGAGACCAACACCUUCGGGAUCGAAUAAAUUAUUGGUGGUGUGCGAGGCGAAACCAUAGGGAACAUUGUCAUUUUGUUUGCUUCAUUAGCUGCUAUUCGAGUACAAAAAGGGAGAGAUACAGUGAUACAUGAAGAGAAAACACGCACAGCAUCAUUACAGUUGCAGUGCGUAAGUGAAACGAUAGUUUACCAGGAACGGUUCCUAAGAACGGAUUGACGCACUGCACACCGCACAAGCAAUCUCUAGGGAUGCAACUGUCCGCAACACAAUCACCCACACGCUGUUUCCCGUGCCAUAAAUAAAAACAGUUUCUGCAUCCAUAUUUAACCCAGCCCCCCCUCUAACCGCCUAGAAACCCUCACCCAUACACUCCUAAACAGCGCGAAAACGUACUGUCCGAUUUGGUGCUAGGCAUACAGGUAUGUGCUUAGGGAUGCCCCUUGGCUGCUGAAAACUCCCGAGGUGGUGUAAACUCUCAGACCAAUGAAAGCGCUAACCAAAACAAUAGUAAAACAGAAUUAGCAGCAGGUGGAAAAACGGUAAACGAGAUUGCUAAAGCUGCUUAACUAUCGUGCUAGAUAAUUAUUGAGAUUUAAAUUGAAAUAAA